AUGAUAACAGAGCACUGUCAGGCCUUUGCUGGCUUCGUGGACUCUGAUCCAUCCCGAGUCCCCCAGAGAAAUAAAUAUAGCAACUCCUUUCGCCUCACGAGGUCUGCCCGAACCCGGGUCCAGCAUCUGCUGAAGAAAUAUAAGGAGCAGCAGUUGGGAAAUAAGCAUUUUGAGGACAGAAGCCGACAGCUAAAGGACCUGCCACUGCUUUCUACAGAUUUCUACAAAUGGAUAAAGCUGACGGACUGGGAACGGCUGCAUGCUGCUCUCAGGGACAUGCAUGCCUACUGGAAUAAGCUGGAGUGGAAGAGACAACAGCUGGAGAACCAGGAGAAGGAGCACAUGGCGGUGCGCACCACUUUACCUCAGAGCAUCAGGCACAUUCAGCUGGAUCUGAGGGACCUGAUGAGCCAAGUCACCAGUCAGAUGAGUUACAUGAAGAGCUCUUGGAUGAGGCAGACAUCUCUUUCGGUACAAACACCCUUGAACCCAGAGGCCGGCUCCAAAACAGUCUGGAACCAGCGAGUGGAGGGUUACAUCAUUCUGAGGGAUCUCGAGCUUUACCUCACCAAGCUGGCAAGAGAUUUCCUUCUGCUGGCUUCUAAUACACAUGUAUGACUCAAUACUGAAAAGCACUGUUACCCUGACAACACACGUGCUGCACACAGACAGACAAAAAAAACAAAGCUGAACAGAAAAUCAGGACCAAAC